UCACAGGCCAAAAGAAUACCGUAAAUUUUAAUACCGCGCUAUGACCCGUAAAAAAAAGCCAAAUAACAAUUAAAAAACAUCGAGUGUACCGAGCCUAAAAAAAUUAAUUCCUCUCCAAUGCUGACGAUGGAGAGCCAAAUAGGAACGAGUGAAUCUGUCAUUGAGCCAGAACUUUACUAUCUGAUUGCUAAAUUUCUCGAGGCUGGACCCCUCAGAGACACUGCCGAGGUCCUCAAGCGGGAAUUGGAGCGAGCCAAGAUAUUGCCCCGGAGACUCGAUUGGGAGGGAAAUUCGCAUAAUCAGGGGUUUGCAGAGUUGGAGAGAAAAUAUCCACACAUAAGUAGAAACCACUUGCUGCAAGUAUGUGCAAGAAUCGGUCCAAUACUGGAGAAAGAAGUGCCACCAUGUGUACCUGGUGCUGUAUCUCUUCUGGGGGCUGGGAGACAGUCGAUCCUCCGCACAAAAGAAGACCUUUUGAACCACUACCGAGGGAUCACCGCUUACUCCAGUCGCCUGGGAGGUCAGCCCCUCCUCGAGCCUUCCAGUUCGCUCCUCACCCACAACAUAGUCCGCGCUCUCCAGGGUCGCGAGAACUCGGGGCCACUGAGCCGGCGUGAGGCGAUUCCCACAAAAUUCUACUCCAAAAUGCAGCUCUACAGACACACUCUGGGUCACCUCUCAGCCGUCUACUGCGUCCUCUACGACAGAACCGGCAAGUACGUGAUAACCGGUGCCGACGAUUUGCUGGUAAAAGUCUGGAGUUCAAUGGACGGUCGACUCCUGGCGACCUUCAGAGGCGCUUCAGCCGAGAUAAUGGACAUAGCCGUCAACUUCGACAACUCCCUGCUGGCAGCUGGAAGUCUUGACAAAAUCCUAAGAGUCUGGUGCUUUCAGACAAUGUCCCCAGUGGCAGUGCUCUCUGGUCACUCUGGCAUGAUCACUUCCGUCAACUUCUGUCCCAUAAAAUGCAACGGUGUUUACUACCUAGUGUCCACAAGCACCGAUGGAUCAGUGGCAUUCUGGUCGUACACGAAGGAGAGACACGAGCGAGCAGUAUUCCAACCAAAGCCAAUUCAAUACCACGAGAAGAUGCGACCUGGACAGGCCCAGAUGAUCUGCGCCUCAUUCAGCCCUGGUGGAGCCUUCAUGGCAGCAGGAUCAGCCGACCACCACGUCAGAGUCUACGCAAUGCUUGGUGACGAAGGCCCCAGACGAGUCCUCGAGGUUGAGUCCCACACAGACACUGUCGACAGCAUCCAGUGGGCCCACAUGGGUCUCAAUUUCAUCUCAGGGUCCAAGGACGGCACGGCCAAUGUCUGGCACUUUGAGCAGCAGCAGUGGCAGCACAAACGCCUUCUCAUGACGACCAGACUCCCCAACGAGCCAGAAACCGAGGAGGACUCCAACAAAAAGGCUAAAGUAACGAUGGUCAGCUGGGACUCGAGUGACGAAUGGGUCAUCACAGCUGUCAGUGAUUUCUCCCUGAAAGUCUGGAACGCAAAAACUGGUGAAUUAGUCAAAGUCCUUCGUGCUCAUAAGGACGAAGUAUUCGUCCUGGAAUCCCAUCCAAUAGAUCCAAAAAUAAUCCUGAGUGCUGGUCACGAUGGGCAAUUGAUAAUCUGGGAUGUACUGAAUCCCGAACCAAUAGCUGUUUUUCAGAAUUUCAUCGAGGGACAGGGUAAUGGGGCUGUCUUCGAUGCUAAGUGGUCACCAGAUGGCACAAUGCUGGCAGCAACAGACUCCCAUGGGCACCUGUUGAUGUACGGUUUUGGCAAUGUCAGUGAUAAAUUGAAGAAAAUCCCGAAGGAGUUGUUCUUUCAUACUGAUUAUCGACCGUUGAUUCGUGAUAAUAAUAAUUACGUGCUGGACGAGCAGACACAGACAGCUCCACACUUGAUGCCUCCACCGUUCCUGGUGGAUGUCGAUGGCAAUCCCUAUCCCCCAGCACUGCAACGUCUGGUGCCAGGUAGAGAGAAUUGUCGAGGUGAACAGUUGGUCCCAAAUAUUGCUGUUGGAGCUGGGGGAAUGCAGGAGGUGAUCGAAGGUCUUCCUAAUCAACUACCUCGUUCUGAUAUCGACAGAUUGAUCGAGGCACUGGCACAGAGGCAGAAUAUCAUUGGAGUGGAGAAUGACGAUGAGCAUGAGCAUCAGGGGGAGCAGUUGAGGGCAGUGGGAAUAGCGAGUCCCAGGGGAAGUCGUCCGGGGCUUCGACGUGAUGGGGACGUCGAGGGGGUGAGACAGAGCAGUGGCAACUGGCAGAGGGACAAUACCACCCCCUGGAACAAGCCCAUUCUGGCGCAGCCAUUGAACCCAGCGAUCAAGGUGACGCAGAUGAAACAGCUCCAGGGGAUGGCUGAUCUGGAGCUCGACAAUUGGAGGAGAGAGAUGAAGAGGAGGCCUCCCAAUCCCAUUGAGAUCGAGGAGAGUCCGAAUAACAGGACUAAUACUAGAAAGAGAAAUCGAGGGAUCAGGCAUGGGUACAGGACCAGGGCCACUCGAGGGGAAAGGGAGGACGAGUCUGAUGAGGAUAAUGGUAACAGCAACAGCUCGAUGAGUAGUAAUAGCAAUGACUCCAGCGCUGACGAGGCUGAUCUCUGCUCAGACACCUCUUCAGACACCAGCAGUGUCUACUCAGACUGGAUUGCUGAACAUGGGGUCAACCUAGAGCCCCCUAAAAGGAGCAAAAGGAAACCCGUUCAGAAGAAAAGAUCGCCAACGCCUCCAACGGACUCGGAGGUGCGGAGGUCCCAGCGUCCUAGGAAAAAAGUCAUUCAUCUACCUAAUGGGGUAUCAGAGGUUCCAGAGGCUUACAGACCUUCUGAGUGGCUGACUGAAGUCAUCCCCAGGAAGGCGCCUUACUACCCCCAGAUGGGAGACGAAAUAGUGUAUUUUAGGCAGGGCCACAGCCUCUACCUCGACGCUGUCAGAAACAAAAAGGUUUAUGAACUGGGAGCGAAGUGCGAGCCCUGGAACAAGGUCAACCUUCGACCCCAGGAGUUAGUCAAGGUCGUGGGGAUUAAAUACGAGAUUCGUCCUCCCAGGUUGUGCUGUCUUAAACUCGCCCUGAUGGACGAGGACGGGAGUCUAACUGGGGAAAACUUCACUAUCAAAUACCACGAUAUGGCAGAUGUCCUGGACUUCUUGGUCCUCAGGCAGACGUUCGACAAUGCUCUGCAGCGGAAAUGGUCGGAGGGCGACAGGUUCAGGUGCAUGAUUGAUGACGGCUGGUGGAUGGGGCAGAUCGAGUCCAUGGAGCCCUCUGACGAUGAUUUUCCGGAGUCUUAUUUUAUGUGCUUCAGAGUGAGGUGGGACAAUGGAGAGUUUGAGAGGAUGAGUCCGUGGGAUUUGGAACCUAUUGAUGAGGAGCGACUGCCGACUGAGAUUGGGGGGGCUGUUCCAGUGCUGCCUGAGGAGAUUCAGGCGACCUUGUACCAGCCACAGGUGGAGGAGUGGCCCAUGGGGGACAGGGAGGCCACUUGCAGGAGAAUUGCCAGGGGAAUUGAUCAGGUGAUGACUCUGGCCAUUGCUGAGCAUUUUAUAACACCUGUGGACCUCAACAUUUAUCCCACUUAUGCGUUUUUCGUGGAGUAUCCCAUCGAUCUCAGCACGAUUAAAGCGAGGCUGGAGAAUCAUUUCUACAGGAGGAUAACGUCAGCUCAGUUUGACGUGAGGUAUCUGGCAACUAAUGCUGAACAGUUUAACGAGCCUCACAGUCAGAUUGUCAAAGCUGCCAGGAUCGUGACUGAUUUGUGUCUGAAGAUUAUCAAAGCGACAGCGGAAAUCGAUGUUCCUGCUGUCUAUCAUCAGCUCGCUGACACGUAUCAUUCUUCAGACUCUGAGGUCGACGUUGAGGAUCACAAUAUGCCUUCCACCAGCAGACACAGGACCAGGUCCAGCAGGAACUUGAGGUCUCAGCAGGAGGUCUGUGUCGAUUGGAAGGUGGCUUGCAGGCAGCUGUUGGAGGCACUUUGGCAGUGCGAGGAUUCCAUUCCUUUCCGGGAGCCUGUGGACACCAUGGAGCAUCCCGAUUAUCAUCAGAUCAUUGAUACUCCCAUGGACUUGAGGACCGUUAAAGAGGAUUUACUCGGGGGGAACUAUGAAACUCCUCAGGAGUUUGCGAAGGAUAUGAGGUUGAUUUUUACGAAUAGUAAAAAUUAUAAUACGAAUAAACGAUCGAGGAUCUACGCUAUGACGCUGAGAUUAUCGAAUUUAUUCGACGCUCAAAUGAAGAAAAUCCUCAACAACUGGAAAUCAGCUAAAAGACGGAGUGAGAAUGCUAGACCAAAAAGUACAACGGCGACUCAGCCCAGGGCGGUGAAAACUAGAUUAACGAAUGGAGCAGGGCCUUCGAAGGCGAUUGAAGACAGCAGUGAUGAUGAUGAGGAGGAUGUCAAUAAUGCCAAUGAUGAGGACUCUGAUGAUGAUGAGGAGGAGGAGGAGGAGGUUAAAUUACCUGUGUCACCGAAGAAGAGGGCCCAGAACUUUGAUGAUCCAGGCCCCUCGAGGAUGACCAAUGGCCACGUGAAAGCGCCCUCGACAUCUCGUCCAACGCGUCGAAACACCCGAAACACGCCGAAGAAAUCCCAAGCAAGUGACAGUGAAGUCUCGGAAUCCGAGGCCUCCCUGGAGAGUGAAUCGAGUGACAGUGCGCCAGCGCGCCGCAAAAGAACUCGCAAACAAACAACAAGUGACGACGACGUGGGCAGUGAUUCCGGUGACAGUUACAAACCAAGUGGUCGUGGCAAACAGUCUCGUAAAAAUCGCGCUAAAAACAGUAAAAACCCACGAACAGUGAAUCGACCAAAGCCCAAGUACGUCCCCCAGGAUGACGACGAAGAGGACGAGGAAGAGGACGACGACGACGAGGAGGAGCACAUGCUGGAGCCUGAGAAUUCCGAGGAAGAGGAGAGUGAGGAGGAGGUGAUCCAGAGGAACACAACGAGAUCCCGAAAAAUGCCUCCAAUCCAGCAGCGAGUGCCUCGAUCGGUGUCGGACGAGGACGAGAGUGACGAGGGCUCAUCAGGGAGCACUGGCUACGGUGCCCAGAGGGAGGACACCCUCGAGACACCCCAGGAAUCCAACAGCAAUGACUCUGAACUAACGAACAAUCGCCUGAGAAAUCACAGGCCGCAGAAGAAAAUUCACACUGGCCUCAGUGAUGAUUCUGAACCUGACGAGGUGAUUUCACACACAAGAAGAACUGUUAAACGACCUAGAUACAAUGAGGAGAGUGAUGACAGUGGUACAGCACCUGUUAGAAAUAGGCGUAAGAUUAAAAGACGUUAUUACAAUGAGGAGAGUGAUGAGAGUACACCAGAGCCUGGUGUUAGUAUAAGCAGUAGGGGACGCGUGCGCAAGUUGACACCUAGGGCACGUGCUUUUCUACUUGAAUCACCUUAACGGCCUUUUAUUUAAAUAAUUACGUUACCUGUAUGAUACGUGGCCAAAGUCCUAAAUCAAGUAAUUGUCACAAAAUUUAUUCAUCUUUCGUUGUUAUUUUUCUUUUAGUUAAAUGGGGGGGGGUUUAAAUUCGAGGAUUAAUCUCUGUUGAUUUUGGCUAUUGGUCAGUUUUCUAUGAAUAUCUGGAAAUCUAAGGCAGAUAGAAAAAUUGUUGUUAUAACCUUUUUCGUAGCUCGCAAUUCGAUCUACAAAAAAGGUUAUUACGAAAACUUCGCUAUUUCCCUUGAAAUCGGAGAUACUAAUCGAAAACUUAGCUAAGAGCUAAGUCGACUUGAAUUGUUUUAUCACUUCGCUACUGAAUUGUGUCGGUUUUGUGGCGGAGAUUGUACUUGAGAAUUUUGGGGGACUCCUUAGUUGAUUGAUUUAUUUAAUUUUGUAUUCAGUGAAUUGGUAAUUUUGAUUUCAGUCAUCAUUAUGUCGUGAUUAAUUAGCCAUUUUCAAUGCUUGAUUUUUUAUGAUUUUGUUCUGUCGGUUUACAUUGUGGGUGAAUGCUGGUGACUUUCAAUUAAUCACUGCCAAUUAUGGGGAACUCUUGGUUAAACGGCAAUUCAACGAUUAUUAAUGUACCUGGGGCAACUUAAUGAAAUUACUAAUUUUGUAUUUUUCAUUCAAUUCUUCUGGUUAUCUCGUUAUUCUGCGUUCACCUUUCUGGUAAAUUAUAAGGUCAAAAAUGGAGGACAUUAUCACUAAUUAAUCGAUUGACACUGCACACAUGUACUGUAAAUACUACUGAGGGUGUUAAUCAGCGGUAUACACUACGUACAAUUGUUAACAGAAAAUGUAAUCAUUGAUGAGAUUGGUGAAUACCGGAGUCUAGACAUUUAUUUGCAAAGUUGAUGAUCAAUACCUCAUUUUCAUAAUUAGAAAUAUGUAUUUGAUGUUUUUUGAAAUCGUGUGAUUGCUUAUUUAUAUGAUGAUGUUUCAAAUUUCUAUCGAGUUCAAAAUAAGGCAGUGCCUUUGCCACCAAUCAAUAAUUCUCAAUAUAGGUUUUUAAAUAAUUUCCGUUCUAUUGUCAAUUUAUCUAUCUCGAGUUUUUUUAAUUGAAAAUCAUCGUCGCGAAUUUUCGAUUUUCUAUUGGCAUUAAACGUCAAUGCAUAUUACUUGUAAUUUAGGUAAUAAUGUAAUUUGAGUGAAGAGCAACGUCUGUCCACUGUUGUUUGAAGUCUUGACUGUCUCAAGCCAUUGUGAUAUUAGACAUAAGAUUACGAUAAUUAGGUGGUAAUGGUUAAAUUAUUGAGUCAACUCCUCAAUGCAUAUUUUUUAUAAUACAAAUGAGACAAAACAUAAUUUUAGGUGGGUUCGAUGGAGGUGAGGGAGCCAGGGGUAGAGCAUAAAAAUUGUCUGAUCAGACAUUGUAUCGUGGUUUCAGUGGAAUAGUUGAUCUUUAUUUACUGUGUGAUUACUGAUUAUUCGAUUAGAUUUACUGAAUUAAGGAGAUAGAAUACUGGAUCGUUGAUUGAAUAAGAUACGAGUGGAGAUAGUGUAUUGUGGCGUUAUUGUAAUGUAGAAUUAAUAUUAAUAUUUCAUUAAUAUCAAUAAAUAUCCAAUGGUAACGUUUGA